GCCCAAAUAACACUAGGCGACACGUCCCGCCCUACAGUUGUGGAGUCAGUACGCAUGCGCGAGUAGCGGCUGUGAGGAGCAAUGAAUAUGGCUGGGUGUAGGUUGAGAGCUGUAGCGGAACAACUGGGAGCUUUAUGGACUCGGAGCAGGUGUUCCGUGAGCGCAUAUAGUACUGCUGCUCAGCAGAGAAGUGCUGGAGACCAGACUACAGUUGAUGAUAGCACAAUGGACGACCGGCAGUCGUAUGCUGUGCGGGCGCUAGAAGAGAAAGCACUCAAACUGGAGGAGGAAGUUCGGGAUUUAUCUGAGCGCUACAGGAGAGCUCUGGCUGACUCUGAAAAUGUUAGGAAAAGAACUCAGAAAUUUGUAGAGGAUGCAAAACUAUUUGGUAUUCAGAGCUUUUGCCGGGACCUGGUGGAAGUGGCUGACAUCAUUGAGCAGGCAGUGGAGAAGGCCACAAAAGAAGGGAUAAGGGAUAUGUCGGCAGUUUUGUCCCAGCUGGAUGGGAAGCUACACGGUGUCUUCAUUAAGCAUGGACUUCAGAAAAUGAGCCCACUGGAAGGAGAAUAUGACCCGUAUGACCACGAAAUUGUUUGCCAUGUACCUGCUGAAGGGAGGAAGCCGGGCAGCAUAGCAAACAUUUCACUGGAUGGCUACAAACUGCAUGGCCGUACAAUUCGGCAUGCACAUGUUGCAAUAGCAGUGGAGACCCAUGAAUGACAGAUGCUUUGACUGCCAACAAACCCCACCUGUGUUUCCCAUAAAGACUCCUUAUUUAUUGAAUUAUUUUGAAAUGUAAUUCCAUUUUAUGUGCUCUGCUUAAUAACAUGCCCAGGGCUUCCUUAUUUCAUCCAGAAAAGAAAGAUCAGUCUACCCAUUACUUCAGGGCAGAUUUAUUAAAGGUCGAGGUGAAUUUUCGAAUGAAAAAAAAAUCGAAUUUCAAGUGAUUUUUUUGUGUACUUUGGCUAGGGAAUAGUCCAAAUUUGAUUAGAAUUUGAAGAAAAUUCGGAUAUCGAAAUUUAUCAUGUACCGUCGACCAAUUUGCCGUUUUAGCCUAUGGGGGACCUCCUAGAGCCUAUUUGGAAAAAAACCUCAAAUCGAAUUCCAUUGAAUGCGAUAUUGCUUCGAUUCGUACAAUUCGAAUUUGGCCAAAUACGGACCUAUUUGAUUGAAAACGGACCUAUUCGACCAAAAAAAAACUUCGACUUAAUUUUGGUUGUUCUUUUUGAAUUAUAAUUUCGAUGUUUUUGCAAUUUCGAAAUUUGACCCUUGAUAAAUAUGCCCUUUGGUGUACAGGGCUGAAACUGGGUGUGCGUUUAGGUUGCAGAGGGUACAAAUAUUUUUGUGUAAAAGUAUUUAUUGUUUUCUUGCUCUAAGAAAAGCAUAAAAUAGACUGCCUGAAUAAUAUAUAUGUAAAUAGUUCUAUUAUUACAGACUGUAAAUGAUGCAUAGUUUAGGCUAUUUUUGCAAUAUUUCUAAAUCUUUAUGUAAUGGUUCCUAUACCUUUUGCGGGGGGGGGGGGGGAUUUAAUGAUCCAGCUCUCCUGUUAUGUCCUCAACUUUUUUUUUUUUUUUUAGUAAAAAAAAGUUUGACCGGCUUAAUAAUAGCAGGCUCAAUUCUUUAAAGUUUAUGCAAUUGUCAUAGAAGGCAGUGGAGGAGGAUUUCAGUUAUGAUUUUGGAAUUUUAGGAGACAUGGACAUUAAAGGAGAAGUAAGGGCUAAAAUUAAGUAAACUUUAUUAGAAAGGUCUAAAUAAAUACACCAGUAAACCCUGGCAAUGCUGCUCUGAGUCCUCUGUCAAAAGAAACACUGCAUUUCUUUCCUUCUAUUGUGUACACAUGGGCUUCUGUAUCAGACUUCCUGUUACAACAUAAACCUCCAGGGCUAGGACUUGAGCAUGCUCGGUUUGCUCCGCUUUCCUUCUCCCCUUUCCCCCCUUCCUCCUGUAAUCUGAGCCCAGAGCUAUGAGUGAGCAGGGAGAGACUCGGGUAGGAAAUGAUGUGACAGCAAGCUAAUACGGCAGCUGCUAUUCUAAACAAACAGAGAGAGCUUCUAGAGUUGUUUACUCGUGUAUAGUAAGCAUUUUGCAGAAUAAAUAUAGUGCUAUAGCUUGCACUAUUGUGGCUAAUGUAGUGGCUACUUCAUUAGCUUUCCUUCUCCUUUAAUGUAGGGAUCUUUGGCAAGUGCAAGUGUAGGCUGGGUAGUAUUCAAAUCAAUGCUUUGUUGUAUAGGACUGCAUGAAGUAAUCCUCCAUGUGAAUGUUGCACAGACAGUGAAAUGUAUAUUGUGCUUGGAUCUACCCUGUACGUGAUAAUUAAUGGUUAGAUGCAUUUUGCCUUUAGGAUUUUGUGUAUACCCUGUACAACUGUAGAACACAUAUGCAGAGGAGUUCUGUUGUUUGUGAACAAUUAACUACACCCCACAAUAUUUCUAUUUAUGUAUGGGUAACACUCAGAAUAUACACAAUAUCAAGAGUGUAUAAUUUACCUUUCAGUAACUGGAUCUGGCAUUUUACUUAUUAUACAAACUCUAUUACACUUCUAAAAAAAAAAACCAUCGGG